AUGCUGCUGACGCCGCCGCCCGCGCCGCCGUCCCUGUUGGUCAUGGUCUUCGCCCCACCUCACGCCCCGGCCAUCACCCCGCACCGAGAACCCGCCGGCCCACAGCAGGACGCGCCCAGCCUCGUGACUUCCCCACGUGACCCGAGGCUCCUUCGCCGCCGGCAGGCUCCAUCAUCUCGCCGCGCCAACCACCGGAGACUCGUGUGGAGGUUCCUGCCCUCGCCCCGCGCUCCCUCACCUCGGGACGCCGCCAUGGACUCCGACAAGCAGCACCGCACCCAACCUGUCUGGCCGCCACACGCACCUCCCACGGCCGCCUCCCUCCUCCGCCAGCCUGGCACACCAGUUCACUCGCCACCUCACCAGCUUCCUGCCGCUGUGGCUCCCGGCAUCCCCACCGACGCCCCCAACCCCCGCGGCAUCGGUAUCACCGCUGGCGUUUCCUGA